AUGUACUUGAAGUAAACAUCAUUCAAGACCUGAUGUCUCUAGAUACUGCAGGAGUGCAAUCUGAUUUUCUUUAUUAUAUAACAACUGAAAGCGACUUAUUUUUACGUGGUUGGCAUGCUUUUAAGUUCAUGAGUGGGUUGCAAAAUUUGAAAUCACUUAGUUUGUCAGAGAAGAUUCUCAAGGCUCUCUAUUUUUCUCAACGGAGAUUGCCAACUUUCAGAAACUUGAUUAAGUUGGAGCUUAUACCUUUUUAUUGCCAUGACUGUCCUCGCAUGUGUAUCUGGAAAGUGUUAUCAAGCUUAUUUGAAAGUUCCCCUAACCUUGAAGUGCUUAUCUUCCAGGAAGUCUUUAAGAACUACUUUAGUGAAGACGAGGAACUUGAUUCUGUUUUCCCAGUGGCUCUUCCACUGACUUUCAUUGAACAUCUUAAGGAAAUAGAAUUCAAAAAUUUUGAAGGGGAGGAACAUGAAUUCAAGCUGGUAGAGUAUUUUCUGAAGAACGCUAAAACUUUAAAGAAGAUGACUAUAGCUAAAGAGCCUUGGAACUCUGUACCAGAAUGUCGCGAUAGGAUAUUGUCAUUCAAGAAGUGCUCAGAGGAUUGCCAGAUUGUGUUCAAAAAGAAAAUGGAUUGGAUAAAGUGCCCACAAUUACGAAAGGCGCUGAAUCUCUCUGUGUAGCCGUAUUUUCUUGGAUAUAAUCUUCUUCUUUCCUCACUAUAUGACUACCUAUCUCUUGUGCUUGAACUUGUUUAUUAUGAUAUUAAAUCUGAUGCUAUUCUUGAUGCUGUUAUGAUGCACUGAUAAGCACAUCAUUUAGUUGCAGGGAAGUUCUGGCUUAAUGUAUAUAAAAUCGUGCAGCAAUAUGUAGUGUAACUGGAUUGUGAUUUCAAAGUUAGUAUUAAUGCACCGGAGAAAAGAAUAACAGCUGGGGAGAUCUAUGGUCUCAAUUAGAAUUUUCAAGUUGGGGAGUUUUGUUAAAUCAGUCUAUUACUCUUGUUUCACGAUUUUUUAUGAUCCCUGGCUAUGAAAAUGUUAGCAAGCUUACUAGAAAAUGCCCCUAAUCUUGAAUUGCUAAUCUUUCUUUCAUCAAGUAAGUUACAACGAGUUUUUAACAUCAUAGAGUUGAUUCCAGA